AUGGGUCGGCCAUUCCCCCGUCCAUGGAAGAAGCCCGGGACGAUUGGUACUGUCCUGCUGCAAGAGGCGCAGAAACCGGGUGUUGAAAGGUUUGUCUCCAUUCCCACCCGGUCAGCGAUCCCUGUCGGGAAGAACGGCGAAUGCGGUGGAGCAGCUGAGCUCAAACCGACUGGCACCACAGAGCUCGCCAUGGAGGCAGCACCACCGGUCGAGAAAGACGGGACGAUUCUUGCUGGCUGGGAUUGCCCUGCAACUGAGCCGUCCGACGUUUCCUCAUCCGGCGCCCUUGCAGACUCCUCGCAGCCACAUUUGGUUCACUGCGGCCUCUUGGGGGUAUAA